GCUACUUCUCGGUCGACGCAUCUAUCCGGCACUGUAUUCUGCUAUGCUGUUCUAGGCGGAGGAUAGGAAAACUGCGUUAAAAUCCAUAUUUUUACAUAAAUAAAUGGAUGAUUACGGGUUCGGUUUAUUACAGACAGCGACCAUUGGACACAACUCUACCCUUCUCGACGGACGCGCUUUCUUAUCCUAAUGCUCCUCCUCUUCUGCGGUUUCCAUCCGCCAGUUGUGCCCCGGCUCGCCCUUGGUCUCGCGCAGUAGCCUCGCUGCCUUGUCCCCACUGUUCCUGUCAUCUGCUGCGCAUCAACAAAACAUGCAGAAUGAGCCUGUGGGGGUGACAACUGAACAACGACACCAGUCAACAGAGGAAAACUACAGCAGCAACAACAACACAAUCAAUAAAACCGGGAUACAGCAACCAAACCAAACCAACAACCAGCUGGGAGCCCUCACUUCCAACUACAACCACCUGAACCAGAAUCCAGAUUUUCUAUUUUUUGGUCAUUUUUGCCCGACGCAGUCUAUCUGUGACCUUCAGCACGACCGGAAAAUACAUCAGCAGUUAAGUCAGCGAGCUGAAUUUGGCUGCACUGAGUCGCCCCCACCCCAAGGAAAAUUCAGUCACCUGCCGCAGAGGCAGCCUUUCACCGCUCAAGUCUCCACCAAACCAGAGCGCAGCGCAUACUCCAGACCGGGACGAAUCAGCGACUCGCCAGUGGAGGAGGUUGAAGCCGAUGUGGAGACUGCCGCGUCGCCAUCGCCCACUUCCGUAAAUCCAAACAAGGUUAGGAUCCAAAUGGACUCCCCCAUCACCCACCAUAUAAAUAACGGCAAUGGCAGUAGCACCGGCAAUAUGUUGUCCGGAGGUCUCGGGGGCGGUUUUCCGAACCUCCAGAACCAAGAGAUGCAGAACCCGAGUGGCGCUUCACCUCCCCUCCCUGGAUUCGGAACCCCGUGGUCCGUUCAGACCAGCUCCCCACCACCACCCGUCUCCAACUCGGCCAACCCUAUCCACCACACAAACGCGAUUAAUCAGAUGCCUCAUACCGACCCAGACAACAGCUUCUAUCCCGGUAUCCCCUCCUCUAUCAACCCGGCCUUCUUCCAGAGUUUUUCUCCGGUGUCGACUAAUCCAUGCCCAGGGAUUAACGUGCAGGGCUUCAGCAGCCAAUUCUCGCCCCAGAUCAACGCCCAUCAGCAGCCGCAGCCGCAGCAGCAGAGCCGCCGGUCCCCCGUCAGCCCCCAGAUGCACUCCCAGCACCACCACCACCACCAGCACCAGCAGGGCGCCUUCCUGCAGCAGAGGAACAACUACAACCACCACCACCAGGUGAGCUAGCAUCUCUCUAUUCACCUGUUCACAUGGAAACCCCACAUCAGCAUCCCCAUAGAAUAGAGGUUUGAGCCUUUAAAAUGAUAGAUAAAAAUAAGCUGUUAAAGAGGGUGGGAGAUAUUAAUAUAAUCAUUUUUGUACAGCUAAUGUAGGCUACUAGGCUUAUACACACCAGUGUGGCUCUUAGAUUGUAUUGGGUUCAAGCCAUGGUUAUACAUAUAUGUUACUAUGCAGAAGUGUCCCGUGUAGCUCAGUUGGUAGAGCAUGGCGUUUGCAACGCCAGGGUUGUGGGUUCGUUUCCCAUGGGGGACCAGUAUGAGAAAAAAAAAUGUAUGCACUCACUAACUGUAAGUCGCUCUGGAUAAGAGCGUCUGCUAAAUGACUAAAAUGGAAGUGCAUAAACCCAACUAUGAUUAUGAAAACAAAUGCGGUCCUGUGCUCCCAGGACAGAAGGUCCAUGUAGAAGUGCUGCCCGGCUAGGGCAGGGCAGGGGAGGGACUGACUGCAUUAUUCAUAGACGAACCCCACACUGGCUUCACUUCUCCAGUCGUCAGUUUACCUACAGCAAACAGUUUCAGAUCUGCCUCAACCCCCAAAUACACUAUGGAGAAACUGCCACCCAGCACUCCUAAUGGCUAGGACCUUCUCAUGUGACACUGCUGAGAUAAAGCAUGGCCUGUGUGUGUGUGUGUGUGUGUGUGUGUGUGUGUGUGUGUGUGCACCUUUCAUCAAUCUAAACCCAUGAUCAUAGAGGGCAAAUAGGUUUUAUCUGUAAUGCAUUUGUCGUGUCCUCAGUGAGGUCUGAAGUCACAACUACUAUACAGAUGUAGGAUCUUAAUUUGAGCCAGUUUGCUACAGCAGGAAAAUAAUCCUGCAGCAACAAGAAAUGUGGAUUAUAAUUUAUUGACAUUUUUGUAGGGCUUGAUACAUUUUUCUUAAGGGAAAAUCAAGUCUCAAAUUUCAAAGUGGAAAUUACAAACUUCAGAAGCCUUUUUAAACCUCAAAUACACUACACGUUUUAAAUGUGCUGCAUUGCAAGAAAGUUCUCCUGCAACCGGGUGAUCAAAUUAAGAUCUUACAUCUGUAGGCAUAGUUUCUCCCUCAGUAGCAGGGCGGGGAAGCUGACGGGGGAGGGAGGGGCGAGAGGCGAACAAGGGAGCAUCACUGAAUCUGACUUUUGUUCUCUGCUUGAGGCUGGCACAGAGCAGGGCAUAGUCAUCACAUAUCACUGGUUCAGGCUGAUGCUCUCUAUCUGAAGUCAUGGUGCUUGACUCAGGGAGGCAGAGAGAGGCUGUACUGACAUUGGGGGUCAUGGGAUUUUACUUGGGGGGGGGGGGGUAUAUCUGAUAACCAGAAGCUAUACACAUAGCCCUCAUCAUGGGGAUGGGGUUAUGAUGCUAUGCUGUGUCCUGCCUGUGUCUGCUAGAAAGAACUGCAGCAAUAGAUUUGCACUCAGUCACUAGGGAGAUUUCAGGACUCCUUAUUGCAGGCUCCAAAGUGCUAUUGGUGUCCUAUUUUCAGACUUAUUAAGCUAAAAUGUCAUACGUGCUAUCAUACAUCAUGCGUACGAGUGUGUGUGCAUGUGCGCUUGUGUCUAGACAUCAUCAGCACCAAGGCCAUCACACAUACACAAAAGCACUCUCUCCCACACACGUAGACACACCCAUCUGUCGUAACUGCAUAAGAGCUGUACAUACAUACAGCAUAGAGGAGAGGGCUGGAGACUGCUGCAUGACAGCAUGUGUGUGUGUGGAUGUCUGGUGGAGACAGAGAGAGAGUAAUGGACGUUGGUGGUGUCAGUGAGGAUGUAUGGUGGAGACAGAGAGAGAGAGAGUAAUGGACGUUGGUGGUGUCAGUGUGCACGGGAUACUUAGUAUUAGCCUUGAAGCCCUAAAUCUUUUUACCCACUCGCCCCCCACACAGGACCAGGUCAUAGUAGGCUGUGGCAGAGGGAGAAAACACAGGAUCAAAGAAACACAUCAAGUACAAACAAUAAAUACUGGCUCAACAACACGCAAUUUCACAUUGGGUCUCUAACCCCUCCUUCCCGUGCUCUCUCUCCAUCUCUCCUUGUCUCUCUUCAUAUCUCUCCCCCUCUCUCUCUCAAUUCAAUUUCAAUUCAAUUUAAGGGCUGUUUUGGCAUGGGAAACAUAUGUUUACAUUGCCAAAGCAAGUGAAAUAGAUAAUAAACAAAAGUGAAAUAAACAAUAAAAAAUGAACAAUAAACAUUACACCCACAAAAGUUCCAAAAGAAUAAAGACAUUUCAAAUGUAAUUAUGUCUAUAUACAGUGUUGUAAUGAUGUGCAAAUAGUUAAAGUACAAAAGGGAAAUAAACUUAAAUAUAGGUUGUAUUUACAAUGGUGUUUGUUCUCUCUCUCUCUCUCCUCAGUCCAUGGUGAAGCAGUCUCCCUGGGCUGGCAGUCACCAGGGGAGUGGCUGGGGCUCUGGGGGUAUGUCCUGGGGUCGGGACCACCGUCGUGGUGGAGGCAUGGGCAUCCCGGGCUCUGUCAGCCAGGUUUCCCCCAUGAAGAAGCCCUUCUCCAGUAACGUCAUUGCACCUCCCAAGUUCCCCCGCUCCGCCGGCUCCAUUGGCCCCAAGUCCUGGAUCGAGGAGAACAUGUUCCGAACAGACAGCAACAGUAACACGCUUAUGCCUCUCCAGGUACAUGCUUUGAAUGUACAGUAUUUGGCUGUGUUUUUCUCAGUAAGCAUAAAUAUACAGGGGUCUGUGUGUGUGUGUAUGCACUGUAUAAAUCUUGGUGGAAGGACAGCAAAGGGUUUUUUACGCAGUGAGUGAAAAAGGGCUGGAUUCAUAGGAUUACGGAAUCAUUUCCUGAAUUAGAUAUUGGAGCCAGAGAGUGAGCGAGAGAGUACGUGUUUGAGAGUGAGUGGUCGGUCGAAGGUAGAGAGAGAGAGCAAGGAUGACAGGGAAAAGCUUUAAAUGAUGGAAAUGAGACAGUUUAAUAUUCACAUCACUGUUUUCAGAGUGCAGAGUGUUUCAGAGUGAAGGAUUGUGGGAAAGAAGGAGCAGGAAGGCGACAAGCAUCAAACGCAAAGAGCCAGACAGGGAGAGCAGAUCAGGAGGUAGAGGGAAAGAGAGAGAGCUGGGAGGGAGCAGAGGGGGGAGAGAGGAAGGGGGAGAGGAGAGAGGGGAGAGAGGAAGGGGGAGAGAGAGAGAGGGGGGAGGAGGAGGGGAGAGAGGCAGGGGGAGCGGAGGGGAGAGAGGAAGGGGGAAGAGAAGGGAGGGUAAAUAGAAUUUGAGGGAUUGGUAGAUAGGAAGGUGGAGAUGAUGUUAUAGAGAAGGUAAUUAUUGAUAGAGAAUUGUUAGAUAGUAAUGUCGAGAGUGUAAAGGGCUGUUUAUAAAACCACAGCUGAUAAAUGAAUGUCAAUUUCCCAGAUUCGAUCAGACUUUAACCAUUUCAAUCAGACGGGAGCAGUGUUAUUUCUUUCUGCCAUAGUGGAGGUGUCAGGGAGCGGGGCUGCAGUUAGUGCUGCUUUAAAGCUACUUUAACACCACGUUUAGCAGGUUUCACUUGAGUCUAUUUCAGGAUGGGAGUUGUUAUAGUAAAGAUACCUUAAUAAAAAAUGACUCAAGUAAAAGUGACUACUUGAGUAAAAGUCUAAAAGUAUUUGGUUUUAAAUAUACUUAAAGUAUCAAAAGUAAAAGUAAAAGUAUAAAUCAUUUCAAAUUCCUUAUAUUAAGCAAAGCCAGACGGCCACAUUUUCUAGUUUUUUAAAUUUACAGAUAGCCAGGGGCACACUCCAACACUCAGACAUAAUUUACAAAUGAAGCAUAUGUUUAGUGAGUCAGAGGCAGUAGUGAUGACCAGGGAUGUUCUCUUGAUAAGUGUGUGAAUUAAACCAUUUUCCUGUCCUUUUAUUUAAGUACUUUACACCACUGGUUAUAUCUCUAUGCAGACAUACUUAGAGACCCAUAACUGAUGUCAUCUAAUCAUGUACAGCACAGUUCUGACCUUUUAAGUACAAAGGGGGAAACUGGAGGCAGCAGGCCUUAAGAAAGGAUCUUUGGGUGGGCCACCGUCACCAUACUGUCUUGGUUGAGACCGGAAAAACACGCAAGUUAUUUCGCGGACACAUUUUUCACAGUAAUCCCUUGUCACUUUCUCCCCUCUGUCAUGGCGCUGCACUUCCUCUUCCAGGAAGCAGGCCCUCCUCCAUGAAUGGUUCAUUUCUAUAAACAGUGUCCGACCAGGAAUUCCUCAGAUUCCAUACACGUCUCCUCUCUUUUUCUUCCUUCCUCAGUGUUAUGUUUGGAUAGGGGAUAUGCAUUUGUGCUUCAUCAUGAUGUGAACGUCAUUGACAGAGAUAUACAGAAGGAGAGAGGGGGUAGUAUGCUGGCACUGGGGGAUUUAGAGGGGUGCCCUACUGCCUAAUCAAUGGAGUGUACAUUCCUACACACUUCGAUCUUUCCAUAAGAAUGCCUUUAUAAACCAUUCAUAGAAAAUAUCACACCAUAUAAUGGCUAAUAUAAUACACGUUCAUCUAGCUACUGGAUUCAUCUCCUACAUAGAACUGUACUACAUUCUCAUUGGAUGACUGUGUGGCAACACUCCUCAGUUGAAACAGUGGAUACAGCAUCACCUAAACCAGAAUGUCCACCUGAUGACAGACUAUAGCAGGGGUCGGCAACAGGCAACCUGUGGGCCAAAACCGGCCCGCACGCGAGCAAUUUUUCCAGUGGCUAGAUGUGCCAAGCUUAUAGAGACAUACCCAAAGAGACUUGCAGCUGUAAUUGCUGCAAAAGGUGGCUCUACAAAGUAUUUACUUUGGGGGGGGUGAAUAGUUAUGCAUGCUCAAGUUCUGUUUUUUUGUCUUAUUUCUUGUUUGUUUCACACCAAAAAAUAUUUUGCAUCUUCAAAGUGGUAGGCAUGUUGUGUAAAUCAAAUGAUACAAACCCCCAAAAAAUCCAUUUUAAUUCCAGGUUGUAAGGCAACAAAAUAGGAAAAAUGCCAAGGGGGUGAAUACUUUUGCAAGCCACUGUAGCUUCUUUUAGUGAUAUAAGCCUUCAUAUCCCUCCCUCCCUCUCCCUCCCUCCCUCUCUCUCUCCUCUCAGGACCGCUCUAGAAUGUACGACAGCCUGAACAUGCACUCCCUGGAAAGCUCUCUGAUUGACAUCAUGCGGGCAGAGCAGGAUCCAAUGAAGGGUGAGACUACUUACUUACUCCCUCUCACUAUCUUUAAUUAUCAUACUUACUUAGUUACUGACUCACUGUAUAAUGGGGAAAGGCAUUGUGAUUGUGGUUGGGGAGAACAGUGGUUAUGGGGAAUGCAUAUGAGGUGCAGUAUACCAUUUUCCAAGGCACUGACAGGCUUCCUGCUCCCUCCCAGAGGCAUGUUGUUUUUCCCAGGGCGAGCAGCUUAUGUUCUCCCUGCUGAGAGUGGAUAUUACUGCCACAACCGGCUGUACCUUUAAAUGACCUUACAGCCCUGAUCCUGCUGCUACUGCUUAACCUAACCUGGGGCACAUGGACAGACAGGAGUCAGGCAGGCAGCACUGCGGCACUCUGUCCUGAUAGGAUAGGAGCACUCCUCACAGGGACAGGGAGUAUGGUGACAGAGACAGGGCUGGCCCAGGAGUAUGGUGACAGAGACAGGGCUGGCCCAGGAGUAUGGUGACAGAGACAGGGCUGGCCCAGGAGUAUGGUGACAGAGACAGGGCUGGCCCACAGGUCCAGGGCAGGCCUCUCCUCUCAGCUCAGCUCCGCUGCUGGACUUUUAGAAGAGACUCUAACCAGGUGCACUGUAGUCAGUGUAAAAUGACAUCUAGCUAGCUAGCUACACACAUAGUUAUGACCACUGGCUUCAACAUACUUACUCCCCCAAACCAUGGACAGGGACAGAGAGGUUUAGAUGUACAUUUAUAGUAAACACAUUCCCUCACAUUGGAUUUGGCACAGUAUACUACCCUUGAAAGACUAUUCAGGGUCGGGUAGGUUACUUUCUAAAUGUAAUCCAUUACAGUGACUAGUUACCUGUCCAAAAUUGUAAUCAGUAAUGUAACUUUUGAAUGACCCAAAUUUAGUAACGUAAUCUGAUGACUUUCCCCUUAAGAGGCAUUAGAAGAAGACAAAAAGGAUCCAUCAAACGCAAUUGGUGUGUCAUCAUAGUGGUCUAUGGCUUGUGUUCAGACUCUCUCAGGUGGGACAAAUUUAAACUUGCGCCUUUAUUUAAUGCUGAAUUGAAUGUCAUUGAGGAAACAGAAAGGUGUCAUAAUGUAUUUUCUUCCCCAAAAACAUCCUUUCUGAAUUUAAAAGUAAUCCAAUAAGUAAUCAUCUAGUUUUUUUGUAAUCUGAUUACAAUAUUUUUUGCUGGUAACAUAACUGAUUACAGUUACAGGUACCCUGAUUAUUAUUAUUGUUAAUAAACUAGUUGGCUCAACAUGGAGCUCCAUAGUUAUUAGUGGGUGUGGUGUUGUCCUGUAGUCCUCCGGUCCUGAAUGUGACUCUGAAGCAGAUGGAGCGGGCAUAGACCAGUAUUCACAGCACAGAGAACCAGAGGGAGACUAAAUUUAGACAUGAUCACACUUUCACACGCUGUGUGUGACAGCCAGUGGAGGGUGGAUGGUGGGGGGAAGAGAGUGUGAGGAGAGGGUGGAGGGGAGGAGAGGGGAGGGUGGAGGAGGAGGAGAGGGUGAGGGGAGGGGAGGGUAGGGAAGGGGAUGGGAGGGUGGAGGAGGGGAGGGUGAGGGGAGGGGAGGGUAGGGAAGGGGAUGGGAGGGUGGAGGAGGGGAGGGUGGGCUCUACCAUUUAUAGCCCUGACUGCUAGUACAGAAGCAGAAGACAAGCACUUACAGGACUUUAGAAAUGAGCUUAGCUAACUGGGCAUAGGAGAUGUACCAUGCUAACAUUGCAGUGGAAAUAGGGUUGCUGAUCUUUCAACUGGAGAUCAGAUCAUUUUCCAGCAUCUCUUCUUUGUCUGUUCACACAUCUGCAAUUCUUCCCAUUGAAUGUAAAGAUAACAUUAAUUAAAUAGCUGACAUUUGCUUCUGAUAGUUAAUUAGGGUUAACCCAAAUCUAUUCAGGGUGUUGUUUUUUUUGUUGUUGUAUUUUGUCAGCUCAAGCUGUCUCUGUGGAAAAUAGGGUUUUGUUCAGUGUUCUGUUCCGACACUACAGCUCAGUAGGCUGUUGUCAAGUGACAGUGGUGCUUCUGCUCCUUAUACAGUACAUGGCCGUGCCCUUGAUGUCCUCACGCUGUCCUCUCCAUCUGUUGAGAGUCUCAUCCCUGUGUUUGUGUGUGUGUGUGUGUGUGUGUGUGUGUCUCUGUCAUGUCAGGUCGUGUGGGAUGCCCUCACCCCGGGGCCGACGGCCUGCUCAUGCUCAAUGGUAAUUAUCUCUCCAACACCAGCUUGUGUGUCGUCUUCCAUCGCUAUCACCAGACUGUUUUAGAAAUGUCUCAGUGUUAAUGUUUCCAUAUCAUGACACGUUAGGGAUGCUCAACCAGGCUAGAUCGAGAAGCAAGCUAGUAUGGGAUUGACAUUUCUGUCACGCUUUACUGAACUUCAUUUGCGUUGGGAUAUAUCCUUCUCUAUAGUGGACUGUGCUGGAUUGCUUUUGUUAAAUGAGUAGUGUUGGUUGUCCUAUGCUGUGCUGUGUGUGUCAGUUAGGCUGACACUAGACUGUUGUAACAGUGUAGUAAACAUGUCUCCUGUGACAUAUAUAUAUAGAGAGAGUCUAUAGGACAAACACAGCCCCCGUGUAACUCUAAAACUCAAUGAAGGAUAUGCAUUGUUGUUGUAAUCCUACUGGGGCUUGAGAUGUUGAAAAGGAAUGUUUAGUACUGUGGCUUACAUGACGAGGUGGAAUGCCUAGUUGUAUAAGUCACAUGACCAGCCGCAGGAAAGCCGGGUGGUGUAGUAGCUAGGUCACGUAGCUUAUUUAUGUAGGCUAGGUCACAUGACUAGAGGCCAGGAGAAGACUAGUGUCGUUUCCAUUAGGCUGGUCCUCUCAAACGUAUAGUCAGCCUAGCCCAGUUUACAAUAUAGCCUACAUUCCUGCUUGACACAUUGUCAUAUAACUAACUAUUCAACAUAAUGUCAACCCUGUGACGAUAAUUAGGUUUCAUGACACUCCAACCAUGCAGUUAGAUGAUGAGGAGCUGAAUGGGGUAGGGGUAAAUAAUGGCACUAGAGGGUCAUAGUAAAGUGGCUUGCGAAAGUAUUCACCCCCCUUGGCAUUUUUCCAAUUUUGUUUCCUUACAACCUGGAAUUUAAAUGGAUUGUUGGGGGGUUUGUAUAAUUUGAUUUACACAACAUGCCUACCACUUUGAAGAUGCAAAAUAAUUUUUUGGUGAAACGAACAAGAAAUAAGACACAAAAAAACAGAAAAUUUGAGCGUGCAUAACUAUUCACCCCCCCCAAAGUCAAUACUUUGUAGAGCCACCUUUUGCAGCAAUUACAGCUGCAGGUCUGUUGGGGUAUGUCUCUAUAAGCUUGGCACAUCUAGCCACUGGGAUUUUUGCCCAUUCUUCAAGGCUAAACUGAUCCAGCUCCUUCAAGUUGGAUGGUUCCACUGGUGUACAGCAAUCUUUAAGUCAUACCACUGAUUCUCAAUUGGAUUGAGGUCUGGGCUUUGACUAGGCCAUUCCAAGACAUUUAAACGUUUCCCCUUAAACCACUCGAGUAUUGCUUUAGCAGUAUGCUUAGGGUCAUUGUCCUGCUGGAAGGGGAACCUCCGUCCCAGUCUCAAAUCUCUGGAAGACUGAAACAGGUUUCCCUCAAGAAUUUCCCUGUAUUUAGCGCCAUCCAUCAUUCCUUCAAUUCUGAACAGUUUCCCAGUCCCUGCCGAUGAAAAACAUCCCCACAGCAUGAUGCUGCUACCACCAUGCUUCACUGUGGGGAUGGUGUUCUCGGGGUGAUGAGAGGUGUUGGGUUUGCGCCAGACAUAGCGUUUUCCUUGAUGGCCAAAAAGCUCAAUUUUAGUCUCAUCUGACCAGAGUACCUUCUUCCAUAUGUUUGGGGAGUCUCCCACAUGCCUUUUGGCGAACACCAAACGUGUUUGCUUAUUUUUUUCUUUAAGCAAUGGCUUUUUUCUGGCCACUCUUCCGUAAAGCCCAGCUCUGUGGAGUGUACGGCUUAAAGUGGUCCUAUUGACAGAUACUCCAAUCUCCGCUGUGGAGUUUUGCAGCUCCUUCAGGGUUAUCUUUGGUCUCUUUGUUGCCUCUCUGAUUAAUGCCCUCCUUGCCUGGUCCAUUAGUUUUGGUGGGCGGCCCUCUCUUGGCAGGUUUGUUGUGGUGCUAUAUUCUUUCCAUUUUUUAAUAAUGGAUUUAAUGGUGCUCUGUGGGAUGUUCAAAGUUUCUGAUAUUUAUUUAUAACCCAACCCUGAUCUGUACUUCUCCAUAACUUUGUCCCUGACCUGUUUGGAGAGCUCCUUUGUUCUUCAUGGUGCUGCUUGCUUGGUGGUGCCCCUUGCUUAGUGGUGUUGCAGACUCUGGGGCCUUUCAGAACAGGUGUAUAUAUACUGAGAUCAUGUGACACUUAGAUUGCACACAGGUGGACUUUAUUUAACGAAUUAUGUGACUUCUGAAGGUAAUUGGUUGCUCUAGAUCUUAUUUGAAUACUUUUGCAAGGCACUGUAUCUGUAGUGUCAGUAGUACCAGUUCUGGGGACGCUUUACCUUGUGAGGAAUGUCUGCAAGGCAUAAAACCACUCUUUACUUUGUUUACAUGCAGCACGGAGCUAUGGGAGACGUCGAGGUAAAGCGCCGUCAUGUGAUGUGCAGUCUUUGUCAUGUCACGUGUGUUGCGUGUUCAUACACUACACAGCAUGCUUUAACGCUACUGAACUGCAGCAACCAAAACAGUGUCUGGAUACAAACAAUUCAGUGUUUAUAGUGUCAGCAUGAUCACCACCGACAGCCAUCUCAUGUGGGACAGAAAAACGUUCUAAAUAAUUUACUAUGACAUCCUAAGCAUUCUUUACCAGCAGUUGCUCCUUUUUUAAUGUAUUGGAGUGAAUUCGGGGGGUAGCCCCGACCUAGACUUUAACCCAGGUCCAUCGACUGUCGACCCAACAUCUUAGCCUUUACUCCAAGAGAUCCUAACCUCUAGACAAGGUCGCUAGGUGUUGGGUUAAGGUCCCUACAGUAAUAUAAUUGCAGACGUAUAUGAAUACUCGACAACACAUUAACAUCCAGACAUAGUACAUUGCUAUAGGUUUCAGGCUCGGUUACCACUAGUUUACCUCAGCCCAUUGCUCUGACUACUGCUACUGCUUUGCCCCAUGGUAACAGCUUGUAUCCACAGCUUCCUUACCAGACCUCAAGCUUGUCCUCUCUGUCUGCUGUCUGUCAGUCAGUCACAGAGCUCUGGCUGGAGUAUUAAUGGUUGCUUGUCUUGGUCUUACAGCACAUCGACAGUAUAAAUACUAGAUUGGACAUAAUCCUAAAUCACUUUAUGCUUGUACUUUAUCUUGUAGCUACUCAGCACAAAUCCUGAUGGCAGAUGUAAACAGCCAUUGCACAUGUUGUUAUGGACCCCGCUCAUUUAUCAUGACUCAUUAUAAUAAUACUAUCUCUAUAUAACAUUAACAGUGGGUGUAAACAGAGCUACAACAGGUUGGUUGCUUCUGUUGUUGGCAAAGCAGAAGUAUGUGCACCUGCUUGUGAUGUGACUGUAUGUACUGUAUGGAUGUGUGUAUCUAUGUGGAUGUCAUUGUCCAUGUCUGCAUGUAUUCUGACCGCUAACCUGUGACCCUCUCUUCUCCAGGCCGCUCCUCCCUGUUCCCCAUUGAAGACAGCCUCCUUGACGACGGGCACGGUAACCAGGGCAUCCCAGGGCUUGGCCCUAACUGUUACCCACACCAGAACGGGGAGCACAUCGAGCGUUUCUCCCGAAAAGUGUUUGUGGGCGGCCUUCCCCCUGACAUAGAUGAAGGUGAGAGGAGGAAGAGCAUAACACAAUGUUGUUAGUUCAGUGACAGUUUGUCUGUGCCAGUUAAUAUGCUAGUGUGAAAGGUUGAUCUUACUCACGUUGGUUCCUUUUUCUUUCUCCCUCCUCCCUUUCUCCUCACACAUCCACCUUCCUCUCUCCUCUUCUUUCUUUCUUUCUCUCGUCAGAUGAGAUCACCACCAGUUUCCGUCGCUUUGGCCACUUGGUGGUGGACUGGCCACACAAGGCUGAGAGCAAAUCCUACUUCCCCCCGAAAGGUAAAGCUCAGCUCAGACUUUCUUUAACUGAAAUUGACAUAAAUGUACACUACCAGUCAAAAGUUUGGACACACCUACUCAUUCAAGGGUGUAUCUUUAUUUAUACUAUUUUUUACAUUGUAGAAUAAUAGUGAAGACACAUAUAGAAUCAUGUAGUAAUCAAUAAAGUGUUAAACAAAUCAAAAUAUAUUUUAUAUUUGAGAUUCUUCAAGGUAGCCACCCUUUGCCUUGAUGCCAGCUUUGCACACUCUUGGCAUUCUCUCAACCAGCUUCAUGAGGUAGUCACCUGGAAUGCAUUUCAAUAAACAGGUGUGCCCUGUUUAAAAGUUAACUUGUGGAAUUUAUUUGCUUCUUAAUGCGUUUGAGCCAAUCAGUUGUGUUGUGACAAGGUAGGAGUGGUAUACAGAAGAUAGCCCUAUUUGGUAAAAGACCAAGUCCAUAUUAUGGCAAUAACAGCUCAAAUAAGUAAAGAGAAACAACAGUCCAUCAUUACUUUAAGACAUGAAGGUCAGUCAAUACGGAACAUUUCAAAAACUUUGAGAGUUUCUUGAAGUGCAGUCGCAAAAACCAUCAAGCGCUAUGAUGAAACUGGCUCUCAUGAGGACCGCCACAGGAAAGGAAGACCCAGAGUUACCUCUGCUGCAGAGGAUAAGUUCAUUAGAGUUACCAGCCUCAGAAAUUGCAGCCCAAAUAAACGCUUCACAGAGUUCAAGUCACAGACACAUCUCAACAUCAACUGUUCAGAGGGGACUGUAUGAAUCAGGCCUUCAUGGUCGAAUUGCUGCAAAGAAACCACUACUAAAGGACACCAAUAAUAAGAAGAGACCUGCUUGGGCCAAGAAACAUGAGAAAUGGACAUUAGACCUGUGAAAAUUUGUCCUUUGGUCUGGAGUCCAAAUUGGAGAUUUUUGGUUCCAACCGCCGUGUCCUUGUGAGAUGCGGUGUGGUUGAACGGAUUAUCUCCACAUGUGUAGUUCCCACUGUAAAGCAUGGAGGAGGAGGUGUUAUGGUGUGGGGGUGCUUUGCUGGUGACACUGUCUGUGAUUUAUUUAGAAUUCAAGGCACACUUAACCAGCAUGGCUACCACAGCAUUCUGCAGCGAUACGCCAUCCCAUCUGGUUUGGGCUUAGUGGGACUAUCAUUUGAUUUUCAACAGGACAAUGAUCCAACACACCCCCAGGCUGUGUAAGGGCUAUUUGACCAAGAAGGAGAGUGAUGGAGUGAUGCAUCAGAUGACCUGGCCUCCACAACCCCCCGACCUCAACCCAAUUGAGAUGGUUUGGGAUGAGUCGGACGGCAGAGUGAAGGAAAAGCAGCCAACAGGUGCUCAGCAUAUGUGGAAAAGCAUUCCAGGUGAAGUUGGUUGAGAGAAUGCCAAGAGUGUGCAAAGCUGUCAUCAAGGCAAACGGUGGUUAUUUGAAGAAUGUCAAAUAUAAAAUAUAUUUUGAUUUGUUUAACACUUUUUUGGUUACUACAUGAUUCCAUAUUUGUUAUUUCAUAGUUUUGAUAUCUUCACUAUUGUUCUACAAUGUAGAAAAUAGUAAAAAAAUAAAGAAAAACCCUUGAAUGAGUAGGUGUGUCCAAACUUUUGACUGGUACUGUAUGUCAUAAAGGUAUUUUUUAGCACCGUAUAAAUAUGUCCAGUAGCAAUCAGUGAUGGCCUUGUGACUCCUGGAAGAGACAGUAUAGCUAGGUUGACCCACAUCCUCUUUCCCGUAUGACUAACCUACAUAGUCUGUAUAUAAAGUACUUUUUAAAAUGGGAAUAAUUCAGUGUAUUUGUAGCAGUAUUUCCCCACCGCUAUUGGAUAUGCUGUCCAGGUGCUAUCCCCCUGAGAGUGUGUUGUGUGUGUUGCCUAGGUUAUGCCUUCCUGCUGUUCCAAGAGGAGAGCUCAGUGCAGGCUCUGAUCGAGGCCUGCAUGGAGGAGGACGGCAAGCUCUACCUGUGUGUCUCCAGCCCCACCAUCAAAGACAAGCCUGUGAGUCCAACACAAACCCAGUUCUCUGUAGGGCCAUUCCCACCAGCAAGGACAUCUGUGAGACUAGCAACACCUACGCAGUGUAAUUCUAUCUGGCGAUUAUUCAAUGUAUGGGAUAUGUGUGUGUGUCUCCAGGUCCAGAUUCGUCCGUGGAACCUGAGUGACAGUGACUUUGUGAUGGACGGCUCUCAGCCUCUGGAUCCUCGCAAGACCAUCUUCGUAGGAGGGGUGCCCCGCCCUCUCAGAGCAGGUAAACACUUCCCUCAUCUCCCUCUAUCAGAUCCACAUGACAUAUCAGCUGUACCUCUAGUUGAUCUACUUUGUAAUUGGACUGGGAUAUUCGUGUUGGUGUUGGUAGAUGUUGAAAUACGUAGAUAAACGGAUGUUGUGUUUUGAGUAAUAUGGAGCAUCUGAGAGCUGGCAAUGUUUUCCCUAUGUAUUCACAUUUUGUAUAAUUAAUCUGACUGCCCCCUCCUCCACUUUCUCUCUCUCUCUCUUACCCCCACCCCCAUCUCACCUACUCAUGUGUCACUUCUCCAUCUCCUCCCCCCAUUGUUUCUUCUCCUGUUCCGUCUCUGUCUCAUCUCUCUCCAGUGGAGUUGGCCAUGAUAAUGGACCGUCUCUAUGGGGGGGUCUGCUACGCUGGCAUCGACACCGAUCCAGAGCUCAAGUACCCCAAGGGGGCGGGGCGCGUCGCCUUCUCCAAUCAGCAGAGUUACAUCGCUGCCAUCAGCGCCAGAUUUGUCCAGCUGCAACAUGGAGACAUUGACAAGCGGGUACAGUCCUCCCUCCACUUCCCAUCUAAUUAACCACACAAUACUGCUGGAGACAUUCUCCUCCCGAUUUUCUAGGGAUGCAGAGACAGAAUGAGAGAGUCAGUCCUCGUGAGGAUUUGUGGUUCAAAGAAAAAGAGUGUGUGUGUUCCAAUAGCAUCACACGCAGAUAUUCUGAACGUGGUUGCUAUGGAGAGGAGAAAGCUUAUUAGUGCUGAUUGAAUUAGUUCCAUUUCCAGUCUCCUCUCGCUCUCUCGCUCUCUCCUCUCUCUCUCAGCGCUGCCUGAUUCCAUUGUCUUUGAAUCUCACACAGCUUCAAACAGGUUACUCUAUCCUUUUAAAGGAACCUUUUCAUCUCUCAUCAUGUAUCUCAGUAUUCUACCUGUGCUCAGUGCUUUCUGAUCUAUCUAUAUCUAUCUAUACCUAUUGUUUUUAGGUAUAUUAUACACCCUUGUAUACACUCUUGCUCUCUCAGUACCUGUGUUAUCUCUGUGUAUUCCUCUUCUCAUCCCCUCCAUGUCCCUGCACCCCUGUAUCCCUGCACCCCUGUAUCCCUGCACCCCUGCACCCCUGUAUCCCUGCACCCCUGCACCCCUGUACCCCUACACCCCUGUACCCCGUAUCCCUGCACCCCUGUACCCCUGUACCCCUGCACCCCUGUAUCCCUGCACCCCUGUACCCCUGCACCCCUGCACUCCUGCAGGUGGAGGUGAAGCCCUAUGUUCUGGAUGACCAGCUGUGUGAUGAGUGCCAGGGGGCGCGUUGCGGUGGGAAGUUUGCCCCUUUCUUCUGCGCCAACGUGACCUGCCUCCAGUAUUACUGUGAGUUCUGCUGGGCUAACAUCCACUCCCGCGCCGGCCGAGAGUUCCACAAGCCACUGGUCAAAGAGGGGGCUGACCGCCCACGCCAGAUCCACUUCCGCUGGAACUGA